GCAAGACAAGCGCUGAGAGCUCUGAAGGCGGUGGUGAGGAUUCAGGCGAUAUUCCGUGGGAGGCAAGUCCGGAAACAAGCAGAUGUGACACUAAGGUGUAUGCAAGCUCUUGUUCGAGUCCAAGCUCGUGUACGAGCUCACUGCAACAGGGCACCUUCAGAUGAACAAGAGUUGCAGAAACCAUCUGAGCAAAAAGAUGAUCCUGCAAAGCAAGCUGAGAAGGGUUGGUGUGAUAGCCCGGGAAGUAUAAAUGAAGUGAGAACUAAGUUACAGAUGAGACAAGAAGGAGCUCUUAAGAGGGAGAGAGCUAUGGUGUAUGCACUCACACACCAGCCAAGGACGUGUCCAAGUCCAAACGUGAAGGUGAACAAACAAGGGAGUGUUAAGAAGAAUCAAGGGUCGUGUAAGAGCAGUCCAGGAUGGAACUGGCUUGACAGAUGGGUUGCAGACAGGCCAUGGGAAGGUCGGUUGAUGGACUCAUCAGACAAUGCAAGGAAAAGUGAGAGCAGUGUGUCUGAACAUGACGCAGUUCAAGUCAGGAAGAACAAUCUCUCAACCAGAGUGAUGGCUAGACCUCCUCCUCCGGUGUCGUCAUCUGCCACGAGUUCUGAGUCUUCGUCGACAUCUCAGUCCCCAGUUCCUUACUCUGGAAGUUUCCUUGAGGAAGGAGGGUACUACAGAAAGCCGAGCUACAUGAGCCUGACACAAUCUAUCAAAGCUAAGCAGAGACGAUCUCCUUCUUCAUCCUCUUGUUCCAAAACACCGUUUGAGAAGAAACAGUCCAUGUCUUUCAACGGAGAUGUAAAUUUAAGGCGUAGUGGUGGUUCGGAUCCAUCAAGCAACCAGUGGACUGAUCUAUAUCCACCGGCUCAAGUAACAGGGAGGCAUAUGUGGGCAAAGAGCCAGCGAGGCUAA